UGGAAAGACUGAGCUCUCUCUUAAAAAGUUCAAUUUUGCUUCCCUGUUUGUGUGAGCGUGGUGAGAGAGAGAUCAGAGAAAGAGAUGGGUUCCAUUUGGCAAGACAUUCGAGGUCAUGUUGUUUGCGUUCCAUAUCCACUUCAGGGUCACAUAAACCCGAUGCUCAAGCUGGCCAAAAUCCUCCACCAUAAAGGCUUUCACGUAACUUUUGUCAACACCCAUUACAACCACACACGCUUACUCAGGUCUAGAGGCCCCAACUCUCUUGACGGCUUGCCGGGGUUCCGGUUUGAAACCAUCUCCGACGGCCUCCCACCUUCGGAUGCUGAUGUCAGCCAAGACGUCCCCGCUCUCUGCGAUUCCACCUCAAAGAAUUGCCUCGUCCCACUUCGCAACCUUCUCUCCAAACUCAACGACCCUAAUUGCUCUCCCAAGGCGCCACCUGUGACGUGUAUCAUCUCUGAUGGUUGCAUGUCCUUCACUCUUGAAGCUGCUGAAGAAUUUGGAAUUCCAAACGUUCUUUUCUGGACACCAAGCUCCUGCGGCGUCUUGGGCUAUAUGCAUUAUCGCCAUCUUGUUGAACGAGGUUUAACACCACUCAAAGAUGCAACCUAUCUAACAAACGGGUAUUUAGAAACCGCAAUCGAUUGGAUUCCUGGGAUGAGACACAUCCGUCUGAAGGAUCUUCCAAGCUUCAUUAGAACAACGGAUGAAAAUGACAUCAUGAUCAACUUCGUCAUUCGUGAAACAGACAGAUCACCAAGAGCUUCAGCUGUCAUUUUGAACACAUUCGACCCCUUUGAACAGGAUGUUUUGGAUGCUAUCUCGUCUUUGCUUCCUCGUGUAUACACCGUUGGUCCACUUCUAUUGCUUGCCGAUCAGAUCAAAGAUGAAAGACUGAAAUCAAUAGGCUCCAAUCUAUGGAAAGAACCGCCGGGCUCGGUGGAGUGGCUAAAUUCAAAAGAACCCAACUCCGUAGUGUUCGUAAAUUUUGGGAGCAUCACUGUCAUGACGCCCCAACAACUCAUUGAGUUUGCUUGGGGACUUGCUAACAGUGAGAAGCCCUUCUUGUGGAUUAUAAGGCCUGAUCUUGUGAUAGGCGAUUCAGCUGUUCUUCCUUCUGAGUUUAUUACCAAAACUGAAGAUAGAGGCAUGUUAGCAAGUUGGUGUCCUCAAGAAGAAGUCCUGAAGCAUCCGUCGAUUGGAGGGUUUUUAACGCAUAGUGGGUGGAAUUCAACGCUCGAAACCGUGUGUGGUGGAGUGCCAAUUAUCUCUUGGCCUUUCUUUGCCGAGCAACAGACAAACUGCCGGUAUUCUUGCAUUGAAUGGGGCAUUGGGAUGGAGAUAGAUAAUGAUGUUAAGAGAGAUGAUGUUGAGAAGCUUGUGAGGGAGUUAAUGGAGGGUGAUAAGGGUAAAGAAAUGAAGAGGAAGGUAAUGGAGUGGAAGACAAUGGCAGAAGAAGCUGUCAAGCCUGGUGGUUCUUCUUAUCUGAACUUGGACAAGUUGAUUGCCGAUAUUCUCCUAGCCGGAAAUGUUUAAACCGAAUUUGAAUCAGGUGCUUUUUAACGGUCAAGCAGAUUUGAAUCUUGUCUGUUUAAAAAAUUAAAACGCAUUUUCUGUAAUUUUAUUUUUUUUACAAACGCAUAGUCGCAUAUUGCUGAAUUUUUUUUUUUUUUUUGUGUGUGUGUGUGUGUGUUUUGCAAACACCUUGUCCAAAAUCGUUUAAACCAAAUGAGGAAGCAAAUUGACUAUCUUGGUCUUAUCUGCUCUUCCUUUGUUAUAGGUGGAUCAUCCGAUCUACAUAUUUAUAAACAUCUAUUUCCACUCAA